AUGUAUAACCUUCUGUUUGUUCAUGUCUGUUUUGUCUCGGUCUGUUUAUCUGUUCUUCUUUCUGUCUCGGAUUGUUCAUCUCUGUUCGUCUUUCCUUCUGUCUUGGUCUCUUUGUCUGUCUUUCCUUCUGUCUUGGUCUCUUUGUCUGUCUUUGCUUCUGUCUUGGUCUCUUUGUCUGUCUUUGCUUCUGUCUUGGUCUCUUUGUCUGUCUUUGCUUCUGUCUUGGUCUCUUUGUCUGUCUUUGCUUCUGUCUUGGUCUCUUUGUCUUGGUCUCUCUUUGUCUGUCUUUGCUUCUGUCUUGGUCUCUUUGUCUGUCUUUCCUUCUGUCUUGGUCUCUUUGUCUGUCUUUCCUUCUGUCUUGGUCUCUUUGUCUGUCUUUCCUUCUGUCUUGGUCUCUUUGUCUGUCUUUCCUUCUGUCUUGGUCUCUUUGUCUGUCUUUCCUUCUGUCUUGGUCUCUUCGUCUGUCUUUCCUUCUGUCUCACUCUGUUCAUGUCUGUCCGUCUUUCUGCCAUUUUUAAACUAAUCAAAUUUUCUGACAAUAUCUGCAUUUCUUUCUUCUCUUUCUUUCUUCUCUUUCUUUCUUUUUCUUUCUUUUCUCUCUCUUUUCUUCUCUUUCUUUUUUCUUCUCUUUCUUUAUUGUUCUUCUCUUUUUUCUCUUUAUUUUUUCUUUUACUUUUUUCUCUCUCUUUUUCUUCUCUUUCUUUAUUUUUCCUCUUUUUCUUUUCUUCUCUUCUACUCCUUUUUUCUUUUUACUCUUUUUUCUUUCUACUCUUUUUUUUCUUCUUUUUCUUCUUUUACUCUUUAUUUUUCUUCUUUUUACUCAUUUUUCUUCUUCUUCCCCCUGAAACCAAACAACAUGUCUGA